AUUAUCGGUGGCUCUACAACAAGAAAUUAUCAAGUCCAACAAGCUUUUGGCGGAGUUUUACAAGCUUCAGCCCAAAGUGCCGGUAUUUAAUAAGGACGAUUUCAAAGAAAAUGGUGGCAUCUCCACCACCAGCAAUUUCCCAUCUGAUGACAAGCUCAACAAGUACUGUAAGUUGAUCUCGUUAUGCUGUGGCAUGGACAUUGCUGAUGUCGAAAGUUCAAUCGACUCGAUCGAACAGUCUUUAAUGAAGAGUAUGAAUUCCAAGUAAUUAAUACUAUAUAAUACAUGUAAUAUAAAAGUUCAGUUGAAAUGUGCACGAGACUAUAUGCAAGGGGAAUAGCAAUUAUAAUUGGAAAAUAAAAGUAGAUGUUGGUACACGACCCUCCAUCGUUUUAAGGGUGAUCUGGUGGUGAGUGGAGCUUAACUAGUGGUUGAGUGGCUGAUAACACAAGCCUCAAAGCGCUAAAUUCGAGCAAGCGUUCCACAGCGCUUUUUUCUUGUCAAAGCCCUCUUUGUCCUGAUAUCUCAAAUUGCGACCCGCGUAUCGAGGUUUUUUUGUUAUCGACGAUUCAUUCAACAACAUGAACAACAGACGGUACAUUCGUCUUUUCCUUGUCUUGUUGGCAACUCUGGUCGUAGUCGGGAUUACCUUGGCUGCACGACAGGGACUGCUAACUUUCGAUCUGUCAUCCUUGAAGGUUCGUCCAAAGGAAAUGUUCAAGAGUUCCAGUGCUGAAUCAUUAUGGAACCAAAUGACGAAGGGAUCAAAAAAACCCGACCAAGACAACUUCCCGCUUAGCGACUUCUUGAUUAAGAAAGAUCUCUAUCGAACUGAGAAGUUGACGGUUUUUUCUGAUCCAUAUAUCUUCACUGAACAGAAAGAGGGUGAUGAGCUGGAUAUUAAUGAAAAAUGCUCUAAGCUCAAGGUGGAACACGACAUUUUCACUAGUGCCACCAAGCUUUUACCAGCUGAGUUUGCUGAGAUAGAGAAGCAAAUCGCCAAAUCUCUGGAGUACUCCAAGAUGCUUAAGAAGGCCGAAGCAAGGUUCGAGCCCAAGAUCCCAAGGGAAAAGCAAUGGUUCCGGUUUGCUGGGUCAUCAGUUUGGUUGGAAGACCUCAACGUCCACUACAUGGUGAGUAGAUUGAUAUACUCGCCUAGCGGAAUCGCCAACCACGGAUUUGCCAGUUUCCUCUACGUACAAAUAUUUGACACGGACUGGAAUGAGAUUAAAGACACCAUGACAUUUCCUUAUGAACAACAAAUGACACAGAACGUCUUAAACACGGAUGGAUCAUUGAGUGAUAUGGUUGUGUCUUCGAAGAUUGCUUAUAGAGAAAUGAGUUUCCCAUCCAUUCUUCCUAUUCCCUUUAACUAUUUUUUGCACACCGAAAACAACAAAUAUUACUACGGGCCCGAAGACCCCCGGAUCAUCAAGAAGACCAACACCAAGCUUGGGUUCAGUGAACCCAUAGUGGUGUUCAACAUGAAGGAUAUGAGCAUCAACAAAAGAGUCAUGUUCAUGACCCUCCCAUUUUCCGGAAAUUUCAAGAUGUUGAUGAAGCUGUCUGUGCCCUUUGCCAACAUCGAGAAGAACUGGACUCCAUUCUUGUCCACGCAACAGGAUGAGGAACAUUUGAACUUUGUCUACUCAAUUAACCCACUUGAGGUGGUUACGUGUAGUAUUCGAACUGGCAUGUGUCAGUUUCUCCAAAAACACAAGAAGGAAGACGUUGACUACUUUGGGCCCUUGAGAGGUGGAACCCAACUUGAAAGACUUCCACUUGACCUGUUGCCCGACCACUUGAAAACCAAGUUUGUGUUACCCGAAAAUAGAAACAUUUAUGUGGGAUGGGCCAGAACUCACUUGAACAAGUGUGGAUGUGGAGAGUCGAUGUACAGACCCAACUUGAUCAUUUUGGUAGAGGAUUAUAAUCCCGAUACCAAACAGCUUUACUAUAAAAUGUCGGACGUGUCAGACUUUAUAGACUUCAAUGCUGAAAUUCCCAAAUGGGCCAAUCCCCAGAUUGAUGACCAGGGUAAUAUCAAGGAGGAUGAUUCCAUUUCUUCUUGUGACAAGAAUUUAAGAAACGUGUUGAUUCCAAACUCUAUUGCAUACUGGGAAGUGGAAAGCGUCAUGAACAAUGGUAUCCAAUUUGGCAGAAAGUUCUUGGAUAAAAUCCCGGCUGAAGACGUGGAUAGUGAAAUAUCCUACAAUGACUACAUGGGAAUCACAUUAUCGGCAGCGGAUGCAGAUGUGAAGAUUGUUCAUGUAAGAGGAGUGUUGGACUACAUCUCGAAGAUCGACUCUUUAUUUAACCCCAAGACGAAGAUCACCUCAAAAGAUGUUUUUGAGCUUCCUGGCAAAGACUUGAACCAAAAGUGUUCCGAGAUUGCUGCUAAAGACUAUUGUGUGAGGUACGCCGACAUGAAUGGUGGAGUCGUUACCUACUAGAAUGUCGCGAAGCCAGUUCCUUCAAUAACCGAAGAGAUUUCAUGUCCGCGCGCGUUUGUGGCAACUGCAACUGAAUUCGGGUUGUGGUUUCAAAAUUUUUGCAGUAAUAGAAGAAGCCUUGUGUACCCGAGUUUUAACAGUAUAGAAUUAGUUUUAAAGAACGCCAUCUCUGUUUUUUUUCAAA